AUGUCUGCUUUGGCCAAAUUUUUGGAAAAACUGGAGGUCAAGAGGAGUGGACUUCCGGUAUCAACGUUGCGUAAUCCAGAUCUGGAACCUAUUCCACACAUAAAGCGACAAUGGGCGUUUUGGUCAUUUUUCGCCUAUUACGGACUUCCCAACGUCUCAGCAGCGACAUUUAGUAUUGGAUCCGCACUCUUGAGUCUGGGUCUGAACAUCAAGCAGUCUAUCGGAACCAUUAUCGUGGGCAACAUCGUCAUCACCUUGUACACAAUUAUGAAUUCCAAUCCGGGCUUCAAAUACCAUAUCGGAUACACGUUGGAGCAGCGCAUGUUGUUCGGGAUUCGAGGGUCUAUAAUCGGUAUUAUCAUCAGAGUCGGUCUCUCCGUGGUGCUUUAUGGCUAUUUGGCAUGGUUAGGAGCACUGUGUCUUAACCUGGUCUUUAGUUCGUGGUCAAAAUCGUACAUGAACAUGAAGAACACGUUUCCGGAGUCUGUGCCCAUGACCACACGCGACUGCGUAGCUUUUCUGAUCUUUCAGCUCAUCCAAAUGCCCUUUAGCUUUGUGAAACCACGGAAGAUCAACACCAUGGGUAUCGUCUUCUGUUUCAUGGCUAUGUGUUCCGUCAUUGGGAUCCUCGCUUAUACAGUCUCCACUAACGGCGGACCGGGGCCAUUAUACUAUAAGAGUCAGGAACUAUCUGCAAAUCAACGUGCUUGGACAUGGCUUUUGGCUAUUACCGUCUGGUAUAGUGGCAUGUCCCCGGUGAUUGCAAACCAAUCGGACUAUUCCAGGUAUGGAUCACACAAUAUCAAAAUGCAGAUCGGCGUCGCUCUUGGAGUUUUCAUAACAGGAACAUUGGCUCCCGUAGCUGGUAUGUUCAGCGCUUCAGCCACAGAACAACUGUAUGGUGAGGCUCUCUGGCUUCCUACAGAUAUGGCACUCAAAUGGCUUCAGGACGGAUACACGGCUAAGGCACGCUGCGCAGUGUUUUUCAUUGGUUUGAGCUUUACCGGAACGCAACUAGUGGUUAAUAUGACCCAAAACGGCUACGCGUGUGGGAUGGACCUCGCAGGGCUUUUCCCCAAAUAUAUCGAUAUCACGCGCGGUACGCUAUUCGUUCAAAUUAUAUCUUGGGUAGUUCAACCAUGGACCUUUUUCAAUACCACAUCGGCAUUUCUGAACAGUAUGACAUCAUUCGGAAUUUUCACUACGCCCAUCAUGGCCAUCAAUGUUAUAGACUUCUACGUGGUUAGGAAGGGUCGUAUUUCAAUAGCUGACCUUUUCACGCAAAGCCCUGAGGGAGCUUUCUGGUUUUACCACGGUAUCAACUUACGCGCCUUAGCUGCGCUGCUAGUGGGAAUAGCACUUGGAUUACCAGGUUUGGUGUUUUCUGUUAAUACCGGGCUAAAACCCAAUACAGCGAUGAACAACUAUUACAACGGUUACACCUUCUUUUCAGUGAUAGUGUCAGGGGCUCUGUAUUACAUUCUAAUCCUGAUAUUCCCUAUCAAACAUCGUGUUGGUGUGUCGGAUGAAAAGGACUACUUCAAUGCCUUCAGUCCUGAAGAAUGUCUGAAACUUGGCAUGGAGCCCUAUUCUGAAAGAUUUGACACUGAGUACAUUGCAUUGGAAAAAGGCGAGGCAAAGGAUAUGGAGCGCGGUCAAAGAUCCGAAGAGAACAUGCCAGCGUCUCUGCAUUCUAGUAAAAGCGAACUUCCAAUAGUAGUGAUUGAGUCAGCGGCCCUAAAGAGCUAG